UGUCCCCAGCGCCCAUCUCUGCCCUUCCCAGCUUUAGCUUCCUGGUCACGAUGGACACGGGCACACGCUGCCGCUAUGUGGCCCUGCGCCAUGGCGACAGCCCGCCGGCAGGGCGGGGGGCGGCUGUGCAGUGGGACGGACCGACGGGACCCCUCUGCCCCCCCCGCCACAGGCCCCGCACAGCUGCCGGGUGCACGUUCGCGAGGGGACUUUCCUCCCCCUUGGCCAGGACAGAGGCUCCACGUGUCUCCAGAAACAGCACUGCGCCAGCGUCUCGGGCACCCGGCGGGCAGCGUAAGGAGGCGCCGCGAUGACCAUCACGCCGGACGUCAGGUUAGAGUAUUUGGAGGGAGUAGCCUCCCUCAUUCUGAGGUUCAAGCCCGACAAGUGGAGCAAGCUGAUCGGAGCCGAAGAGAACAUGGUCUUAUUCACCGAGUUCUUUGAGAAGCCGGACGUCCUGGUUCUGGUGUUGACGCUCAGUCCCGCCGGCGUGAUCAUACCCUGCCUGGGCUUCCCCGCCGCCCUCAAGUCCAAAGGGGUUUACUUCAUCAAGAAGGGACCAGAGAACAUCAGCAAGGAUAACUACAAGGACCGUCUCCUGUACGGGGACAUCGGCCCCGCACCCGUGGACCAGCUGAUCGCCACCGUGGAGGAGGUGCUCUACUCUCUGUUAAACCAAAGCGAAAACUUGAGUGGAUGGCCCCGCGUGGUCUCGGAAGACAUUGUGAAGCAGGUCCACAAGCUGAAGAAUGAGAUGUUUGUGAUGGGGGGCAAGAUCAAGGGGAAGACCCUGCUGCCCAUCCCGGAGCACCUGGGGAGUCUGGACGGCACGCUGGAGUCCAUGGAGAGGAUCCCCUCUUCUCUGGACAACUCGCUGCUGCACGCCAUCGAAACCAUCAUCAUCGACUGGUCCCACCAGAUCCGGGACGUGCUGAGCAAAGACUCGGCCCAGGCCCUGCUGGACGGGCUACACCCCCUGCCCCAGGUCGAGUUUGAGUUCUGGGAUGCCCGACUGAUGAAUCUCAAGUGCAUCCACGAGCAGCUGAACAGGCCCAAAGUGAACAAAAUAGUUGAGAUCCUGGAAAAAGCCAAAAGCUGCUACUGGCCGGCCCUGCAAAAUGUGUACAUGAACGUCACGGACGGGCUGAAGGAGGCCAACGACAUUGUUCUGUAUCUGAAGCCUCUGCGGAUCCUGCUGGAGGAGAUGGAGCAAGCCGACUUCGCGGUGCUCCCGACCUUCAUCGCGAAGGUGCUGCACACCAUCUGCUUCAUCUGGGCCACCUCGGAGCACUACAACACGCCCUCCAGGAUCAUCGUCAUCCUGCAGGAGUUCUGCAACCAGAUCAUCGAGAUGACGCGCACUUUCCUGAGCCCAGACGAGGUGCUGAAAGGCUUGCAGGGAGAGACGGAGGAGGUUCUGAGCGGCAUCUCCCUGUCCGUGCGCAUCCUGAAGGAGCUGUACCACACCUACGAUUUCUGCUGCGCCAACAUGAAGCUUUUCUUCAAGGACAAGGAGCCCGUGCCCUGGGAAUUCCCUUCUUCUCUGGCAUUUUCCAGAAUGAAUUCCUUCUUUCAUCGCAUCCAGACCAUUGAGGAUCUUUAUAAAACAGCCAUUGAGUUUCUGAAGUUGGAGAAGAUUGAGCUUGGAGGCGUGAGGGGGAACAUCCUCGGAAGCAUGGUCAUUCAGAUUUACGACGAAGUCUUUGAGCUGGUGAAGGUCUUUGCCGAGUGCAAAUACGACCCCUUAGACCCGGGAGAUUCGAGUUUUGAUGACGAUUAUGCUGAUUUUGAGACCAAAAUCCAAGACCUGGAUAGGCGGCUGGCCACCAUCUUUUGCCAAGGGUUUGACGACUGUAGCUCUAUCGAGUCCUGUGCAAAGCUCCUGCAUAUGUGUGGGGGCCUCCUGGAGCGGCCCCUGAUCCUUGCGGAGGUGGUGCCCAGGUACUCGGUCAUGCUGGAGCUGUUUGACACCGAGCUGGACAACGCCAAGACCUUGUAUGACACGCAGCUUGCGGCCUCUGCGGACGGCAACAUCCCCCCGAUCCACAAAAACAUGCCGCCAGUGGCCGGGCAGCUCAAGUGGAGCCUGGAGCUGCAGGAGAGGCUGGAGGCGCCCAGGAGGGACUUGAAGUACAUAGAACACCCGGUCAUGUCAAGCUCGGAGGCCAAGCUGAUCUACCAGAAGUACGACGAGAUGAUAGAGCUGCUGAGGCGCUACCGGGAGAAGACCUACCAGCAGUGGGUGGCAGGCGUGGACCAGGAUUGCCACUUCAACCUGGGGCAGCCCCUGAUACAGCGGGACCCCGCCACCAACCUCAUCCAAGUCAACUUCAGCAAAGCGCUGGUGGCGGUUCUGAGAGAAGUCAAGUACCUGGGCUUCCAGCAGCAGAAAGAGAUUCCGGCCAGCGCCGAGAAUCUGUUCUCACAGCACGAAACCUUCCGGAAGUUUGUGGGCAACCUGGAACUCAUCGUUGGCUGGUACAAUGAGAUAAAGACCACGUUGACGGAUGUGGAGCUCCCACUAAUAAAGUCAGAACUGGAAGCAACCGAUGUCAAAUUAUCGCGUGCUGAAACCACGCUCUUCUGGAACAGCGAAGGUGUGUUAGAAUAUAUUCAAGAGAUGCGAGAAAUCCUCCACAACUUGCAGAACAGGAUACAAAAAGCAAAGCAAAAUAUAGAUGGGAUUUCUCAGGCCAUGAAAGACUGGUCGGCCAACCCGAUGUUUGAGAGGAAGGACAACAAGAAGGAAGCCCUGCUGGACUUGGAGGGGAGGGUCGUCAAUUCUAACAAGCGCUACACUGCGGUCAAGGACGCUGGCCUGAAGAUCCAAGCCAUGGUCGCGGAAAAUGCUGAACUCUUCAGAGCAGAUACGACCAGCCAGUCCUGGAAAGACUAUGUCAACUAUGUCGACGGCAUGGUCCUGGACGAGUAUGACCAUUUCAUCCACAAGUCUCUGAAUUACUUCAUAGACAACAUGGUCCUGGAUGAGAGCGUCGCGCCGCUGUUUGAGGUCUGCAUGGAGCUGGGCGAGAAAGGGCUGGUCUUCCAUCCGUCCCUGGAGGUGGGCGCGGACCAUGGCUUCCUGAGGCUGAUCGAGGGCCUGAUCAACGACAUCUACAAUGCAGCCAAGCUCAUACCCCGGCUGGCCAAGGGCCGGGUGGGCUACAAGGCAGACCUGGAGGACAUGACGGACCUCAUAGAGAUGCGGGAGGAGAUGUCCAACCUGGUCAUCAGCGCCAUGAAGGAGGCCGAGGAGUACCAGGACUCCUUCGAGCGGUACUCCUACCUCUGGACCGACGACCCCCAGGAGUUCAUGAAGCACUUCCUGGUCUACGGGCGCGCGGUCGCCCCCGAGGACUUGGACCACCGCGCCCAAGAGGCCGUCCCCAAGACGCCGCCCAACCUGACCCAGUUCCAGCAGCAGAUCAAUUCCUACGAGAAGCUGUACGAGGAAGUGUCCAGGUGUGAGAACACCAAGGUGUUCAACGGUUGGCUUCAGUGCGACUGCCGCCCCUUCAAGCAGGUGCUCCUCAACACCAUCAAGCGCUGGAGCUUCAUGUUCAAGCGACACCUGAGCAACCACGUCAUCAGCAGCCUGGCCGACCUAGAAGCCUUCAUGAAAGUCACCAGGACGGGCUUAACCAAGACCCUCAAGGAGGGGGAUUACGACGGUCUCGUGGAGGUGAUGGGGCAUCUGAUGAAGGUCAAGGAGAGGCAGGCGGCCACCGACAACAUGUUUGAGCCCCUGAAGCAAACCAUCGAGCUGCUUAAGACCUACGGGGAGGAGAUCCCGGAGGAGACACACCUGAAGCUGCAGGAGCUGCCGGAGCAGUGGACCAACACCAAGAAGCUGGCCAUCCAGGUGAAGCAGAACGUGGCGCCGCUGCAGGCCAACGAGGUCAACAUCCUGAGGCGGAAGUGCCAGCAGUUCGAGCUCAAGCAGCACGAGUUCAGGGAGAAGUUCCGGCGAGAGGCCCCGUUCAGCUUCACGGACCCCGACCCCUACAAGUCCCUCAAUAAGCAACAAAAGAGCAUCGCGUCCAUGGAGAGCACCAUGGAAGCCCUGUGCAAGUCCGGGAGCCUGUUCGAAGUCACGGUCCCAGACUACAGGCAGCUCAAGGCUUGUCACAAAGAGGUCCGCCUGCUGAAGGAGCUCUGGGACAUGAUCGUCAUGGUGAACACCAGCAUCGAUCACUGGAAGACCACCCAGUGGAAAAAUAUUAACGUGGAGCAGAUGGACAUAGAUUGUAAGAAGUUCGCCAAGGACGUGAGGUCUCUGGACAAGGAGAUGAAGAGCUGGGACGCCUUCAUAGGGCUGGACAACACCGUAAAGAACAUGAUCACAUCCCUGCGCGCCGUGAGCGAGCUGCAGAACCCCGCCAUCCGGGACCGCCACUGGCAGCAGCUCAUGCAGGCCACCCAGGUGAAAUUUGAAAUGUCAGAUGAGACCACGCUGGCAGAUUUGCUGCAGCUGAACCUUCACAAAUAUGAGGACGAGGUCCGAAAUAUCGUUGACAAGGCUGUGAAAGAGUCUGGGAUGGAAAAGGUGCUGAAAGCCCUAGAUGCCACGUGGUCCACCAUGGAGUUUGAGCAUGAGCCACACCCACGCACGGGCACCAUGAUGCUCAAGUCAGACGAGGUGCUGGUGGAGACUCUGGAGGACAACCAGGUGCAGCUGCAGAACCUGAUGAUGUCCAAGUACCUGUCCCACUUCCUGAAGGAGGUGACAAGCUGGCAGCAGAAGCUGUCCACGGCGGACUCAGUCAUCUCCAUCUGGUUUGAGGUCCAGAGGACCUGGAGCCACCUGGAGAGCAUCUUCAUCGGUUCUGAAGACAUCCGUGCCCAGCUACCGGAGGACUCCAAGCGCUUUGACGACAUUGACCUGGAGUUCAAGGCCCUGAUGGAAGAGGCGGUGAAAACGCCCAACGUGGUAGAAGCCACCAACAAACCCGGUCUCUACGACAAACUUGAGAACCUGAAGAAAAGCUUGGCUGUGUGCGAAAAGGCCUUGGCGGAGUAUUUAGAGACCAAAAGACUGGCUUUCCCGAGGUUCUACUUUGUCUCCUCGGCUGACCUCCUGGACAUCCUCUCCAAUGGAAAUGACCCUGUGGAGGUGAGCCGCCACCUGGCCAAGCUCUUCGACAGCUUGUGUAAACUCAAGUUUCGCCUGGACGAGGAGGAGAAGCCUCUCAAGUUCGGCCUGGGGAUGUUCAGCAAGGAGGACGAGUAUGUGGACUUCGACCAGGAGUGUGACCUCUCAGGGCAGGUGGAAGUCUGGCUGAACCGCGUGCUGGACCGCAUGUGCGCCACGCUGCGCCACGAGAUUCCGGAAGCCGUCGUGACGUACGAGGAAAAGCCGAGGGAGCAGUGGAUCUUCGAUUACCCGGCGCAGGUCGCGCUCACGUGCACCCAGAUCUGGUGGACCACGGAGGUGGGCCUGGCGUUCGCGAGGCUGGAGGAAGGCUAUGAGAACGCCAUCAAGGAUUACAACAAGAAGCAGAUCAACCAGCUAAACGCGCUCAUCACCCUGCUCAUCGGAAACCUCAGUGCGGGCGACAGGAUGAAGAUCAUGACCAUCUGCACCAUCGACGUGCACGCCCGGGACGUGGUCGCCAAAAUGAUCACGGCCAAGGUGGAGAGCGCGCAGGCCUUCACCUGGCAGUCCCAGCUCCGGCACCGCUGGGACGAAGAGAAGAGGCACUGCUUUGCCAACAUCUGUGAUGCCCAAAUCCAGUACUCGUACGAGUACCUGGGCAACACGCCGCGGCUGGUCAUCACGCCGCUCACAGACAGGUGCUACAUAACCUUGACCCAGUCGCUGCACCUGAUCAUGGGGGGAGCCCCCGCUGGCCCUGCCGGGACGGGCAAGACGGAGACGACCAAGGAUCUGGGCAGGGCCCUGGGCACCAUGGUGUACGUCUUCAACUGCUCAGAGCAGAUGGACUACAAGUCCUGUGGAAACAUCUACAAGGGCCUGGCUCAGACUGGAGCCUGGGGCUGCUUCGAUGAGUUUAACCGAAUCUCCGUGGAAGUCUUGUCGGUGAUCGCCGUGCAGGUGAAAUGUGUCCAAGAUGCAAUUCGGGCCAAGAAAAAAACUUUCAGUUUCCUGGGAGAGAUGAUAAGUCUCAUCCCCACCGUGGGGCUCUUCAUCACCAUGAACCCCGGGUACGCGGGGCGCACCGAGUUGCCCGAAAACCUAAAGGCCUUGUUCAGGCCCUGCGCCAUGGUCGUCCCCGACUUUGAGCUCAUAUGCGAGAUCAUGCUGGUGGCCGAGGGCUUUCUGGAAGCCCGCCUGCUGGCCAGGAAGUUCAUCACGCUCUAUACCCUGUGCAAAGAGCUCCUGUCCAAGCAGGACCAUUACGACUGGGGCCUGCGGGCCAUCAAGUCCGUGCUGGUGGUGGCCGGCUCCCUGAAGAGAGGCGACCCCAGCCGCGCCGAGGACCAGGUGCUCAUGAGGGCGCUCAGAGACUUCAACAUCCCCAAGAUCGUGACCGACGACCUGCCGGUGUUCAUGGGGCUGAUCGGGGACCUCUUCCCCGCCCUGGACGUGCCUCGGAAACGCGACCUGAACUUUGAAAAGAUCAUCAAGCAGAGCAUCGUGGAGCUCAAGCUGCAGGCGGAAGACAGCUUUGUCCUGAAGGUCGUGCAGCUUGAGGAGCUGCUCCAAGUGCGGCACUCGGUGUUUGUCAUCGGGAACGCGGGCAGUGGCAAGUCUCAGGUCCUCAAGUCUCUCAACAAGACCUAUCAGAACAUGAAGAGGAAGCCGGUGGCCGUGGACCUGGACCCCAAGGCCGUCACCUGCGAUGAGCUCUUUGGCAUUAUCAACCCGGCCACCAGGGAGUGGAAAGACGGCCUCUUCUCCACCAUAAUGCGGGACCUGGCCAACAUCACUCAUGAUGGGCCCAAGUGGAUUGUCCUGGAUGGGGACAUAGACCCUAUGUGGAUUGAAUCUCUGAACACCGUCAUGGAUGACAACAAGGUCCUCACGCUGGCCAGCAAUGAGCGCAUCCCCCUAAACCGCACCAUGAGGCUGGUGUUCGAGAUCAGCCACCUGAGGACAGCCACCCCGGCCACCGUCUCCAGGGCCGGCAUUCUUUACAUCAACCCUGCGGAUCUAGGGUGGAACCCGGUGGUGAGCAGCUGGAUUGAGCGGCGCAAGGUGCAGUCUGAAAAGGCCAACCUGAUGAUCCUCUUCGACAAGUACCUGCCCACGUGCCUGGACAAGUUGCGCUUUGGGUUUAAGAAGAUCACGCCCAUACCGGAGAUCACGAUCACCCAGAUGAUCCUGUACCUGCUCGAGUGCCUCCUCACGGAGAGGAACGCGCCGCCCGACUCCCCCAAGGAGCUGUACGAGCUCUACUUCGUGUUCGCCUGCUUCUGGGCCUUCGGGGGAGCCCUGUUCCAGGACCAGCUCGUGGACUAUCGAGUCGAGUUCAGCAAGUGGUGGAUCAAUGAAUUUAAAACGAUCAAGUUCCCGUCGCAGGGAACCAUCUUUGAUUACUACAUAGACCCCGACACGAAGAAGUUCCUGCCGUGGACGGAAAAAGUGCCGGCCUUCGCGCUGGACCCUGACAUCCCGCUGCAGGCCUCGCUGGUGCACACGACAGAGACCAUCCGAAUCCGCUACUUCAUGGACCUGCUCAUGGAGAAGUCGUGGCCGGUGAUGCUGGUGGGGAAUGCGGGCACCGGCAAGUCCGUGCUGAUGGGAGACAAGCUGGAGAGCCUGAGCACCGACGACUACCUGGUGCAGGCCGUGCCCUUCAACUUCUACACGACCUCAGCCAUGCUGCAGGGGGUUCUUGAGAAGCCGCUGGAGAAGAAAUCCGGGAGGAACUACGGUCCACCAGGCACCAGGAAGCUGAUCUACUUCAUCGACGACAUGAACAUGCCCGAGGUGGACAAGUACGGGACCGUGGCCCCCCACACGCUCAUCCGGCAGCACAUGGACCACGGACACUGGUACGACAGGCAGAAGCUGACGCUGAAGGACAUCCAUAACUGCCAGUACGUGGCUUGCAUGAACCCCACCUCCGGAUCUUUCACCAUCGAUCCCAGACUCCAGCGCCACUUCUGCGUGUUUGCUGUGAGCUUCCCGGGCCAGGAGGCCCUCGCCACCAUCUACAACACGAUCCUGGCCCAGCACCUGACCUUUCGCUCAGUCCCCAUGGUGGUUCAGAGGAUGAGCAGCCAACUGGUGGCCUCCGCCCUGGCGCUGCAUCAGAAAGUCACUGCAACAUUUCUUCCCACGGCCAUUAAAUUUCACUAUGUCUUCAACCUCAGGGACCUCUCCAAUAUUUUCCAGGGACUCUUGUUCUCCACCACGGAGAUCCUGAGAAUACCACUUGACCUAGUCCGCCUCUGGCUGCACGAAGCUGAAAGAGUGUAUGGAGACAAAAUGGUUGACCAGAAAGACCAGGAAACGUUGCGCAGAGUCACCAUGGCUUCCACCAAGAAAUUCUUUGAUGAUCUUGGUGAUGAGCUCCUGUUUGCCAAACCAAAUAUGUUUUGCCACUUCUCUCACGGGAUCGGCGAGCCCAAAUACCUCUCGGUAACCGACGUGGCUCACCUGAACAAGCUGCUGGCGGACGUCCUGGACAGUUACAAUGAAGUCAACGCAGUCAUGAACCUGGUGCUGUUCGAAGACGCGGUGGCUCACAUCUGCAGGAUCAACCGCAUCCUGGAGUUCCCCCGUGGGAACGCCCUGCUGGUGGGCGUGGGCGGCAGCGGCAAGCAGAGCCUCUCUCGCCUGGCCGCCUACAUCAGCGCCCUGGACGUGUUCCAGAUCACUCUCAAGAAGGGCUACGGGAUCCCGGACCUCAAGGUUGACCUGAGCGCGCAGUACAUAAAGACGGCGGUGAAGAACGUUCCCUCGGUGUUCCUGAUGACAGACUCCCAGGUGGCCGAGGAGCAGUUCCUGGUGCUCAUCAAUGACCUGCUGGCCUCGGGGGAGAUCCCGGGGCUGUUUAUGGAUGACGAGGUGGAGAACAUUAUCUCCUCCAUGCGGCCCCAAGUGAAGUCCCUUGGCAUGACCGACACUCGGGAAACGUGCUGGAAGUUCUUCAUUGAGAAAGUGCGCAGGCAGCUUAAGGUGAUCCUGUGUUUCUCUCCCGUGGGCUCCGUCUUGCGUGUGCGGGCAAGGAAAUUCCCUGCUGUUGUCAACUGCACGGCCAUCGACUGGUUCCACGAGUGGCCGGAAGAUGCCCUGGUGUCCGUGAGCGCGCGCUUCCUCCAGGAAACUGAGGGCAUUCAGCCAGAGGUCAAGACCUCCAUCAGCAUCUUCAUGUCUUACGUGCACACAACGGUCAAUGAGAUGUCCCAGCUGUACUUGGCCACCGAGCGGCGCUACAACUACACCACACCCAAAACCUUCCUGGAGCAGAUCAAACUGUACCAGAACCUACUGGCCAAGAAGAGAAUGGAGCUGGUGGCCAAGAUCGAGAGGCUGGAGAACGGGCUGAUGAAGCUGCAGAGCACGGCGUCCCAGGUGGAUGAUUUAAAGGCCAAGCUGGCAAUUCAGGAGGCUGAGCUCAAGCAGAAAAAUGAGAAUGCGGACAAGCUGAUCCACGUGGUGGGCGUGGAAACCGAGAAGGUCAGCCAAGAGAAAGCCAUUGCCGACGAGGAAGAGGCCAAGGUGGAAGUCAUCAACAAGAAUGUCACAGAGAAACAAAAGGCUUGCGAAACGGACCUGGCCAAGGCGGAGCCGGCCCUGCUGGCGGCGCAGGAAGCUCUCGACACGCUGAACAAGAACAACCUGAUGGAGCUGAAGUCCUUUGGGUCCCCCCCGGACGCUGUGGUCAAUGUCACGGCCGCCGUCAUGAUCCUGACCGCCCCUGGGGGCAAGAUCCCCAAGGACAAGAGCUGGAAAGCCGCGAAAAUCAUGAUGGGCAAAGUGGACACCUUCCUGGACUCCCUGAAAAAGUUCGACAAGGAGCACAUCCCCGAGGCCUGCCUAAAAGCGUUUAAGCCCUACCAAGGCAACCCCACCUUCGACCCCGAGUUCAUCCGCUCCAAGUCCACGGCCGCCGCGGGCCUCUGCUCCUGGUGCAUCAACAUCGUCCGCUUCUACGAGGUGUACUGCGACGUGGCCCCCAAGAGGCAGGCCCUGGAGGAGGCCAACGCGGAGCUAGCAGAGGCGCAAGAGAAGCUCUCGCGGAUCAAAAACAAGAUUGCCGAACUCAAUGCCAACCUGAGCAACCUCACGUCGGCCUUUGAAAAGGCAACUGCAGAGAAGAUCAAGUGCCAGCAAGAGGCCGACGCCACCAACAGGGUGAUCUCGCUGGCUAACAGGCUGGUAGGGGGACUGGCAUCGGAAAACGUGCGCUGGGCUGAAUCGGUGAAGAACUUCAAGAGCCAGGGGGUCACCCUGUGCGGGGACGUCCUGCUGAUUUCCGCCUUCGUCUCCUACGUGGGCUACUUCACCAAGAAAUACCGAAAUGAGCUGAUGGACAAAUUCUGGAUCCCUUAUAUAAAGAAGUUAAAGGUUCCCAUCCCGAUCACAGAAGGUCUGGACCCCUUGAGCCUGAUGACGGAUGACGCCGACGUGGCCACUUGGAACAACCAGGGCCUCCCCAGCGACCGCAUGUCCACCGAGAAUGCCACCAUCCUGUGCAACACGGAGCGCUGGCCCCUCAUCGUGGACGCCCAGCUGCAAGGAAUCAAGUGGAUCAAAAACAAAUACGGCAGCGAACUGAAAGCCAUCCGCCUGGGGCAGAAGAGCUACCUGGACAUCAUCGAGCAGGCCAUUUCUGAAGGGGACACCUUGCUCAUCGAGAACAUCGGCGAAACCGUGGACCCUGUGCUGGACCCGCUGCUGGGCAGGAACACCAUUAAAAAGGGAAAGUUCAUUAAGAUCGGUGACAAGGAGAUGGAGUACCACCCCAAGUUCCGCCUCAUCCUGCACACCAAGUACUUCAACCCACACUACAAGCCCGAGAUGCAAGCCCAGUGCACCUUGAUCAACUUCCUGGUCACCAGGGAUGGGCUCGAGGACCAACUCCUAGCGGCCGUGGUGGCCAAAGAGCGCCCGGAUCUAGAGCAGCUGAAGGCAAACCUCACCAAGUCCCAAAAUGAAUUCAAGAUUGUUCUGAAAGAGCUAGAAGACUCCCUGCUGGCCCAUCUGUCGGCCGCAUCGGGGAACUUCCUGGGGGACACGGCCUUAGUAGAGAAUCUGGAGACCACCAAGCACACGGCCAGCGAGAUCGAGGAGAAGGUGAAAGAGGCAAAAAUCACGGAGGUUAAAAUCAACGAGGCCAGAGAGAACUACCGGCCAGCCGCCGAGAGGGCCUCCCUGCUGUACUUCAUACUGAACGACCUCAACAAAAUCAACCCCAUCUAUCAGUUCUCGCUCAAGGCCUUCAACGUGGUGUUCGAGAAGGCCAUCCAGAAGACCACCCCCGCCAAGGAGGUCAAGCAGCGGGUGAUGAACCUGACGGACGAGAUCACCUACUCCGUCUACAUGUACACGGCCCGUGGGCUCUUCGAACGGGACAAGCUCAUCUUCCUGGCCCAGGUGGCCUUCCAGGUCUUGUCCAUGAAGAAAGAGCUGAACCCGGUCGAGCUGGACUUCCUCCUGCGGUUCCCUUUCAAGGCGGGGGUCCUGUCGCCGGUGGACUUCCUGCAGCACCAGGGAUGGGGCGGCAUCAAGGCUCUGUCGGAGAUGGACGAGUUCAAGAACCUGGACAGCGACAUCGAAGGGUCUGCCAAGCGGUGGAAGAAGCUGGUGGAAUCGGAAGCCCCGGAGAAGGAAAUCUUCCCCAAGGAGUGGAAGAACAAGACGGCCCUGCAGAAGCUGUGCAUGGUGAGGUGCAUGCGCCCAGACCGCAUGACCUACGCCGUCAAGAACUUCGUGGAGGAGAAGAUGGGCAGCAAGUUCGUGGAGGGUCGGAGCGUCGAGUUCUCCAAGUCCUACGAGGAGAGCAGCCCCUCUACUCCGAUCUUCUUCAUCCUUUCCCCGGGCGUUGACCCCCUGAAGGACGUGGAAGCCCUGGGAAAAAAGCUGGGAUUUACCAUAGACAACGGGAAACUGCACAACGUGUCCCUGGGGCAGGGGCAGGAGGUGGUGGCCGAGGACGCUCUGGACAUGGCUGCGGAGAUGGGACACUGGGUCAUUCUGCAGAACAUCCACCUGGUGGCGCGGUGGCUGGGCACCCUGGACAAGAAGGUGGAGCGCUACAGCCUGGGCAGCCACGAGGACUACCGCGUGUUCAUCAGCGCCGAGCCCGCCCCCAGCCCCGAGUCCCACAUCAUCCCCCAGGGCAUCCUGGAAAACGCCAUCAAAAUCACCAACGAGCCGCCCACGGGCAUGCACGCGAACCUGCACAAGGCUCUGGACCUCUUCACCCAGGACACCCUGGAGAUGUGCAGCAAGGAGACUGAGUUCAAGUGCAUCCUCUUCGCCCUGUGCUACUUCCAUGCCGUGGUGGCCGAGAGGCGCAAGUUUGGGGCUCAGGGCUGGAACAGGUCGUACCCGUUCAACAAUGGGGACCUCACCAUCUCCAUCAACGUGCUCUACAACUACCUGGAGGCCAACACCAAGGUACCCUGGGACGACCUCCGCUACCUGUUUGGAGAAAUCAUGUACGGCGGCCACAUCACGGAUGACUGGGACCGCCGGCUCUGCAGGACGUACUUGGGAGAGUAUGUCCGGGCAGAGAUGCUGGAGGGCGAGAUCCUGCUGGCCCCGGGCUUUCAGAUCCCCCCCAACCUGGAUUACAAGGGCUACCACGAGUACAUCGACGAGAACCUGCCCCCCGAGAGUCCCUAUCUGUACGGCCUGCACCCCAAUGCAGAGAUUGGCUUCCUGACAGUCACGUCAGAGAAGCUGUUCCGUACUGUCCUGGAAAUGCAGCCCAAAGAGACCGACUCAGGAGCGGGCACCGGCGUAUCUCGAGAGGAAAAGGUGAAAGCCGUGCUGGAGGAGAUCCUGGAGAAGGUCCCGGAGAUGUUCAACAUGGCUGAGAUCAUGGCCAAGGCGGCCGAGAAGACCCCCUAUGUGGUGGUGGCCUUCCAGGAGUGCGAGAGAAUGAACAUCCUGACCAACGAGAUGCGCCGCUCACUGAAGGAGCUAAGCCUGGGGCUGAAGGGAGAGCUGACCAUCACGACCGACAUGGAAGACCUGUCCAUGGCGCUGUUCUACGACACCGUGCCCGACCCGUGGGUGGCCCGGGCCUACCCCUCCAUGAUGGGCCUGGCGGCCUGGUAUGCAGACCUGCUGCUCCGCAUCAGGGAGCUCGAGGCCUGGACGACGGACUUCGCCCUGCCCACCACCGUGUGGCUGGCCGGCUUCUUCAACCCCCAGUCCUUCCUCACGGCCAUCAUGCAGUCCAUGGCCAGGAAGAACGAGUGGCCACUGGACAAGAUGUGUCUGUCUGUGGAAGUGACCAAAAAGAACCGGGAGGACAUGACGGCACCGCCCCGAGAGGGCUCCUAUGUGUACGGGCUCUUCAUGGAAGGAGCUCGCUGGGACACCCAGACCGGAGUCAUCGCCGAAGCCAGGCUGAAGGAGCUGACGCCAGCCAUGCCCGUCAUCUUCAUCAAAGCCAUCCCUGUGGACCGCAUGGAGACCAAGAACAUCUAUGAGUGUCCCGUGUACAAAACACGCAUCCGCGGCCCCACCUACGUCUGGACCUUUAACCUCAAGACCAAAGAGAAGGCAGCCAAAUGGAUCCUGGCGGCCGUGGCCCUGCUCUUACAGGUCUAGUGCAGCUGGCACCCCGGGUCCCCGGGCCACGUCCGAACCACAAUUUCAAGAUGACGUUAGAAACUCAGACUUGCCACUGCUACCUAUUCUCACAGGAACUGACGGUUACUUUUUGUUCCCCUAAGUAAGCCAGGCACUUUAGAGCACGUCAACGUGGACGGGCCAGAGGGUGGGGCGGUGUGGAAGAGGGGGCGCGCGGCCCAGAUUAAAACAGUGAAGUCACGUAGUUGUGCUUGUCUGAUUCUCUGGAGCCGCCUCUGGCUCAGUACCUGGCAGCCAUCAGGGGCCCGGGGCGGGGAGGCCCCCCAGGAGCCCAACCCGCAGCCCCCGCAGCCCGGAGGUCAGGCGGGCAUACCCUUUCCCACAAGCAGCUCGGAGGUGUGGGUUCAGCAGCCGCGGCCUCCGGCCUGAUGCCACAAGGAGAGGCCCGCCGGGAGGGUCUGGGGAGGGGCCGGGGCGGUCCGCAGCCAUGGGUGCCCUUCCCCAAAGACAGAGAACCUUUCUUGAUUCAGACCAAGCCUCCUCUCUCCCUGUCCCUGACACACCACUCCAGAAGUGACUUUGCCACUCAAACACCUACUUUCUGAGCAUGUGCACACAGAAAAACGAACCUGGUUCCUGGGACGACCUUAACGUGUGUCCUUGGGAGGUCACAGGCUUGUGUCCACAAUAAGUUCCCUUUCAGGAGGCGUGGCACCUUCCCUUCCUCCUGCCCCAUGGCCCCCACAUCCCUAGUUGGGGGAUCCCCUGCCACACCCCGACUGUGGCCGAGGGUCCUGACCUCCCCAGGGGCCACGCAGUGCA